AUGACUACCAUCAGGAAGGUCGCCAUCGCUGGUGCCAACGGCGCACUUGGCACCGCACUUUUCGACCAGCUCGUGAAGGGAGGCUUCGAAGUGACCGCCCUGGUCCGCAGCGCGGGCAAGAUCCCCAACCUGCCUGCAUCAGCAAAGGAGGCGGUCGUCGACUUCACCUCCCAAAACUCCCUCGUCGCCGCUCUCAAGGGCCAAGACGCAACCGUCUCGGCAUUGGGCUCACAGCCGGGCACAGCCCAGGCACAGAAGGCGCUCGCCCAGGCGUCCGCAGACAGCGGCGUAAAGCGCUUCAUCCCCUCCGACUUCGGCAGCAACCUCGAAAACGCCGAGGUCCGCAAGCUCGCCGUCUUCAAGGACAAGCUCGAGCUCCGGGAUGAGCUGGUGAGGCUGUCCAAGGAGAGCAAGCUGACCUGGACGAGCGUCAACAACAACGCCUUCCUGGACUGGGGGCUCGAGCACAAGUUCCUCCUCGACCCCGUCGAGGGCAAGGCCACCCUCUGGGAUGGCGGCGACCACCUCAUCUCCGUCACCAGGCUGGCCACCGUGGGGCAGGCCGUCGUCGGCGUCCUGAAGCACCCGGACGAGACUGCGAACCGCGCCGUGUAUGUCCAGGACACCGCUGUAUCGCUCAAGAAGCUCGUCGAGAUCGCCAAGGAGUACACGCCCGGCAAGCAGUGGACGGUCGUCGAGAGCAGCACGGCUGAGGUCGUGCAAAAGUCCAACGAGGCGCUGUCAAAGGGCAUCUUUGAGAUCUGGGUCUUCGUCAGCCUCAUCUUCCGCGCCGCAUUCUCAAACGUCACAGAGGCGCACUUUGUCAAGAACGACAACGCCCUGCUUGGCAUACACGAGCUUUCCGAGGCGGAGCUUAAGGCUGUGGUGAAGGAGACUCUGGCUCGCAUACCCGGAGCGAACUAG